AUGAACACUAAAGAGCUUAACACUGGAGAAGGAAAAAAUAGAUAUAAAUAUCAACCUUUCAAUGUUCUUGUUGAAAACUUGGAAAUUGAUAUUACUCAAACGUGGAAAGAAUUUAAUUUAUCAACAGAUUUUGCGACUUUUGUUUACGAAAUUUCUUCACAUUGUCAAUCACUUCCUCAAUUAUUAUAUCAUAAGGAAAAGAUAAUCCAAAUAUUGGAAAAUCAUUUAAAAGUUAAAAAUAGUCAAGCUUUGGAACCAUUAUUAGAAGAUUUAGGAAUUGAAUUUUAUCCAUAUUUUGAACAGAUCAUUGCAACAAUAAUACCUUUAACAAAACUUCGAGAUGUAAAAACGUUAAAGCAUGCAUUUAACUGUAUUGCUUACUUAUUUAAAUAUCUAUUCAAUCAAAUAAUAGUGGAUCUUCGCCCGACUUAUCGAUUAAUUGCACCUUUAUUCGGUGAAAAAUCGGACAAGUCUUACAUUCGACGUUUUGCAGCCGAAUCAUUUGCAUAUCUUCUUCGUCAUGUUAAAGGCGAAAAACUUACGAAUAUAAUUGAUUACAUAUUUGAAUUAUUUAAUGAAUCACCGUCUGAUACUUAUUUGGAAGGAUUAUGCAUGAUAUUUUAUGAAACUGCACAGGAUUCUGAUAAUAAGCUUCACGAUAGUGCAAUAGAUUUAAUGCAAGAAUUAUUAAAUAAAUUGUAUAAGGAUUCAUCAAUUAAUAUUAACAAUAUUGAAUCCAUAUAUAGUUAUCAUGUAAUAACAUCGACUACAAUUGCACUAAUUCACCAUUCAAAAAGUGAACAUUUUAGUCCCUUAUGGGAUUUUUAUCUGAAAGAAUUAAAAAAUAAUUAUGACUUUUUAUGUAAAGAAUAUGAAAAUUCAAAGAAUGAUCUACCAAAAGGUAUUUUCAUAAAAGUAGGAAUUACUUUAUCUCUCGCACGUAUAUGUUUAACUGUGCGAAAAGGAAAUCGUGUGAAAGAAGGAUUAAUAAAAUUUCAAAGUCAAAACAUUAUAGAUGGAUUAUUAAGUUUAUUGAAUCAAGAUUGUGAUUGGGAAUUGAAAGUAAACAACUUAAGUCAAUCGCAUUUGGAUUCUAAGGGGAACGAAAAUUAUUCUCAUAUAGCUUUAGUUUCGGCCGUUCUUACUAUUAUUCCUCAUACAACUUUCUCAUUUUCAACAACAUUUGACGCAUUAUUAAUAUUUAUUGAGACUUUAGUCCAAUUUUUACGAUCUGUUGAUUCUAAAUCUGUUAAGUUGCAUCAAGAAAGAUCUCUCACUGUGGGUUCCCCAUACGUCUUGAUAAUAAAUUUGAUAGGACAAGCUAUUGGUACUUUGACAAAAAUAUGUCGAAUCAAUUCUGAACCUGAAAAUAUAGAAAAAUUAGUUAAAAUAUGGAAUCUCGUUAUUGACGAAAUAUUAAUUGCGUAUAAUGACAAUCUUGUAAUUUUGAAAGGUGUUUCGGAAUAUCUUGAUUCUUUGCGUUCCAGCAAGAAACAUGAUAACUUAUUUGGAACCAACAAUCUUGAGAAAAUAUAUCCACAAUUAAAGUGUAAUCUUAGCUCUUAUUUAAAUCAACGACGGUUUUAUUCUUUAAAAAUUCUUUCUAUUUUUGAUCAAUUUUGUCUUAAUGGUUCGGAACCAUCUAAUAAUAAUAUUCAAGAAUAUUGUGAAAUAUUUUCAAUAUGCUUGAAAUUUGAAGAAAUUGAAACAACGGUGACUACUUAUCGUAAUAAAGCCAUGCUACUUAGAAAGUUGGAUACACUUAUAUCUACCCAAAAAGUACCGAAAUUUUAUUACGAAGUAAUUCCCUUGCUUUGUUUUGGCAUAUUUACCAUUAAUUUCAGUGCCAUAUGGAAAGAUGCAAUUGAUUCUCUAGUUAAUUUUGCCAAAAUAAAUCCAAAAGAAUUCUGGAAUUUUAUCUAUAAUGAACUUUCAAAGUCCCAGGAUUCUAAAUUUGAACAAACCGGAUUUUCUAAGAAAACACUCGAAUCCUUUUUUAAAGAGGAUCAAAUAUAUCUCAAAUCUACCCAUUCAUCAAGUGGCAUAUCAUUUGAAUGUCCAAAUUUAUUCAAAUUCAAUAAGUUGGCAGAAGAUUCAUAUCAUUUUAUUACAGAUAAAUUUGCUAACAGUUGUAUUCGUCAUUAUAUUUCGUGCUGUGUUCCAGAAAAUGAUAAAUUUGAUUUUUGGAAUUAUUAUAGUCUUCUUAUAAAGGCUCUUAUCGAGGUACCUCAUAUUGCGGAAGAACAUUCUCGACAAUUGAUCCCUCUUUUCCUCCAUUUCACGAAUAAAAAAAAUGAUUCAAUAAGUGAUGGAAUUCUUCGUAAUGUUUACUUGCGUUUCUUAGCAAAAGGUGAUAUCAAAAUACAAGCUCUUGCACUAGAAUGUUUGUUCACAUGGAAAUAUAAAGGUGUUGUUCCUUAUGAGGAUAAUCUCCGUAAUUUUGUCGAUGAAUCAAAAUUUAGGGAUGAAUUAUCAACAUUUUCCUUAAACAUGGAAAAUGGAUCUAUUGAAAUUGGGCAUCGAACCGAAGUUAUGCCCAUAAUUAUACGAUUAUUAUAUGGUCGUAUGAUAGCAAGGAAAGGCAAAUCAUCAUCAAAAACUGGAAUGGGUUCCCGAAGAAUCGCUGUUCUAUCUUCCUUAGUAAAUUGUUUGGAAUCAGAGUUAGGAUUUCUAAUUGAUUUAUUGUUGGAACCUUUUUCAAUUAUUCGUCAACAAAAUGAUUUCUCUGAUAGCGAAUUAAAAUUUAUUCCAAAUUUGGACAUCAAUAAAUAUGUCUCCUUCCGGAAGCAAUUGGGUUAUCUUAAUUUCAUUGGAGAUUUCCUAAAACAAUUAGGUUCUUAUUUAGUACAUUUUAUUCCUGAUUUAUUAAAGGUUGUUUUAUAUAUUGUUCAUAGUGCACAGAAAAAUUUGAUAGCAGAAGAUCUUAGUCAAAAGUUCAAAAAUAUAAGACACCUUGGCUUAAAACGAAUUGUUGAGUUUUUUAAGAUUAACUCAUUAUUUAAUUACAAACCAUAUAUCAGAUCGAUGUUUGACUCAUUUAUUUCUAUGAGAAUUCCAAAGUUAGACAUCGAAAACACUCAAGCACCAUCAGCUUUAAUGGAACUGUUUUUAAUUUGGACAUCAAACAAAGAUUAUUUACCCUAUUUGGUUGAAUAUAAUAAAGAUUUGCUUCCAAAAAUAUUUGCAUGUAUUUCUUCCAAGAAAGUACAACAAUCGGUUAUCACAAAAGUAUUAGAUAUAAUUGAUAAUAUAUUGAAAAUAUGUGGAAAUGAAAUAAAUGAAAUGGAAAUUGACACCGAAUAUGUUAAACCAGAAGAAAUAAAUUUGAUUGAUAAAGUUUUGAAACCUUAUGUUCCACAGCUCUUGGAUAAUUUGGAAUAUGUCCUGACACAAUCCAGUAAAAAUAUAUCUUUUGGUAAAGAUACUUUCUCUCGAAGAGAAAUAUCUAUUCUUUCUCAUAUUGCUUCUUACAUAGAUAACAGUGAGCAAGCCAAAAAAAUUGUGGAUUUACUUUUACCAUAUCUUAGAAAAUCCUCAAGAAUUAUUCAAGAAAAAACUAAGGCAGAUAUUUUACGAAUCGUUGUUAAAUUUUUAUCCGUAAUUCAAGGAUUAUCACCUGAAAGCGAAUUAUUUCAAAGAUAUUUCAAUUUUAUUUCUUAUGAAUUUUCAACAUUACGUUCGCGUGAUUGUCGAAUACUUCUGGUUCAUGUGUUAGAGGAAUUUUCUAAAUUAGACAAUUCUUUACAAGAAAUUACAAAAACAAUCGAUGAAUUAAACGCUUUUUCGACUAAAAUAUUGGAUGAACCUGAUUUUGAACGACGUUUGAAUGCAUUUAGUCACGUCAACGAAAAUGCUUAUAAAACUUAUACACCCCUUCAAUGGUUACCGUUAUUACAUAAUUGCCUGUUCUUUAUUCAGGAUCCUGAUGAACUUUCGAUUCGGCAAAAUUCAUCGUUUUGUAUUAUACGAUUUAUUGAUCGUGUAGCGGAAAUCAAAAAUAAAAUUGAUAAUGAUGAAUUAAAAGGAUCAGAAUACUCUAAUGUCAAUGAAAAAUUACAGAACCUUUUGAUACAGAUAGUAUACCCAGCGAUCAAAAGAGGCAUGAAAUCGAACCUAGAACUUGUUCGCAUUGAAUAUCUUAAUGUAUUAUCCCACGCAGUUAAAAAAUGUUCAACAAUACCUCAAUUCUCGGAUAUGGCUUGUCUUUUAUUCGAUGAAGAAGAAGCAAACUUUUUUAAUAAUAUACAUCACAUCCAAAUGCAUCGUCGAACUCGUGCACUCAAAAGAUUCUCGAAUGAAUGUGCUAAUGGAAAAUUAAAAAAUAAUAACUUAAUGCAAAUAUUCGCUCCCUUAAUUGGUCAUUUUAUUUUUGAAACCAAUCGUAUGGAAGAUCAUGUAUUGAUAAAUGAAUCGAUUUCAACAAUUGGAAUUAUCGCAAGGCAACUUAAUUGGAUUCAAUAUUAUGAUCUAUUGAAACAAUAUAUGAAUAUUAUAUCAAAGAAAAAAGACUUAGAGAAGAUGUUAGUUAAAACUAUAAUUGCGAUUCUUGAUAGUUUUCAUUUUGAAAUUUCUGAAACGGUUUUACAACAAACAUCAAUAUCUCUAAAUCAGAAGAUCCAUAACACAAUUGCUAAUCGGGUAAUCCCUGAUCUUAAAGAAUAUUUAUCUCAAUAUGAUGAUGGAAAUAUUGAAAUUCGAGUUCCGAUUGCAUUUUCUAUAACUAAACUUUUAAAAGCUUUACCUCAAGAAUCUCUUCGUUCCCAUUUACCUGGUCUUUUGACUACAGUAUGCCAAAUUUUAAGAAGCCGUAAUCAGGAUACGCGAGAUUCAACUAGAGAUACAUUAAUUAGAAUAUCAAACUUUUUAGGUCCCUUAUACUUUUCAUUUGUGGUAAAAGAGUUACAAGGAGCUUUAACUAAGGGAUAUCAAUUACAUAUUCUUGGAUACACUUUAAAUUCACUCUUAACAAAAUUUGUUCCAAAUUUAAAUGUUGGUUCUAUUGAUUACUGCAUUCAAAAUAUCACCGAUAUUAUGAUAAAUGAUGUCUUUGGGGAAGUUGGAAAAGAAAAGGAUGUGGAAGAGAUUACGAAUAAAAUGAAAGAAAUGAAAUCUAGCAAAAGCAUUGGUUCAUUUGAAUUACUUGCAAAAAUUAUUGAGUUCAAAAAUCUUGGAAUACUUUUAUUACCACUUAAAGAUAUAAUGCGUGAAACACAAAAUACAAAGACUUUAAGCAAGGUUGAAGAGAUUUUGCAAAAGAUUGCAAUUGGUUUAAACGCGAAUCCAAAAUUUGAUGCCAAAGAGAUGAGCAUUUUUUGUCAAGGAUUAAUUUCUCAAAAUCUUGAUAUAUCAAAAUCGACACUUAAAACAAAAAUCAACAAAUCUAAUUUAGAAAUGAAUUAUAUAGUACAACUUAAACGUGAUGUUGCAAAUCCCAUAGAUUAUUUUGAUACAAAUUCAUAUCGUUUUGUGCAAUUUGGUUUUACGAUAUUUUUGGCUGCACUAAAACAUGAAAAAUUUGAUCUUAAGACCGAGGAAAAUCUUGAGAUGCUAACACCGUUCGUUAAUAUAGUAGGGAAUUCUAUGUAUUCUCAACAUCAAGUCGUAAAUAUUCUUGCCAUUAAGGUUAUGAGUAUUUUAUGCAAACUCAAACUAAAGUCUUUAGAUAAUGCUUUACCAGUUAUCGUGAAACAGACAUUUGCUUUAAUAAAGACAUCAGGCUCUACGAAUUCCGAGUUGGCUCAAAAUUGUUUCAAAUUACUUAUAAUCGUCAUUCGUGAUUGUAAACAAGUGGAUUUGAAAGAUGCCCAAUUGGCAUUUCUCAUUGAUCUUAUCCGACCUGAUUUUGAAAAUCCAGAUCGUCAAAGUACAACUUUCUCCCUAAUUAGGGCUAUUGUUUCACGUAAAUUUGUAAUUCCGGAAAUUUAUGACUUGAUGCAAUCUGUAUUAGAAAUAAUGAUCACGAAUCAGUCUUCGCAAACUCGUGAUCUUUCCAAACAACUUUUAUUUCAAUUUCUUAUGGAUUAUCCUCAAGGUCGUGGACGCCUUAAAAAUUUAAUAAACUUUUUAAUUAGAAAUCUUAAUUAUGUUUUUGAAAGUGGGAGACAAUCUGUUAUGGAAAUGAUGAACUUAAUGAUUACCAAAUUUAGUGAUGAUAUUUUGAUGGAAUAUGCUGAAAUUUUCUUUAUAUCUUUGGCAAUGGCAUUGAUUAAUGAUGAUUCUAACAAAUGCCGCGAAAUGGCCGGAGCAUUGAUAAAGAUUUUGCUGCGUCGAAUGGAUGAACAACAUUUAAGGAAUGUAUAUUUAUUAAUAGAUAAAUGGUUUAAUCAAAAUGAUAAAAAGAGUCUACAAAGAAUUUCAGUUCAGAUCUAUGGUCUUAUCAUUGAGUCGUUUGGAGAUAAGUUUAAGAGUCAUAUUUCUAAAUUGUUGGAUAUUUUGAAAAAUGCAUUGAUCUCAAGUAAACAAAUUUUGGAACAACUAGAGAGUUUAAAUUCUAAUAUUGAAGAUAAUAAUGAAAAUAAUGAAUAUUUAGUUGAUAGUGUGGAUUGGGAAUUAGGAUAUUAUGCGUUGAAUACCUUUACAAAACUUUUAAAAAGUUUUCCUUCGAUCCUUCAUUCAGAAAAAUCUAAGGAAAUAUGGUUAUUGGUGGAACAACACAUUCUUCAUCCUCACACGUGGAUAAGAUUAGCGUCUAGUAGAUUAUACGGCAUGUACUUUGCUAACAUUAAUCCAGAAACAAUGAUUCCUACUGGAUCAAAUAUAAAAAUUGAUUAUUUAACUAAAGAUGUAUUAAAAAAAAUAGCAUCAUCACUUUGUACUCAAUUGAAAAGUGAAAUGUUAGAGUUAGAACUUGCAACACAAAUUCGAAAAAGUAUAUAUCAAUGGUUUGCUGCAAUGUCGACAUUUGUUCCAUCUAAAGAAUUAGAACCAUAUCUAAUUUUCUUAAUUUCACCCAUCUAUCGAUUUAUAAACGAUGAGACCAUCAAAGGACAAAAUAUUGAUAAUAUUAAACAACUUGGAAAAGAAGUUCUUGAUUUAAUACAAAAGCGCGUUGGUACAACCCAGUAUCAUGUUGCAUAUAAUAAAGUGAGACAACAAGUAUCAGAUGUGAGAAGAGAACGUAAAAAGAAACGUGUGAUGAGGGGUUCAUGA